AUGACAACUCAAUUACGCAAUAAAGGAAUAACAUUAGAGGAAUGGGAAUCAAAAACCCAACUUACGGAAGUACAAAAACAGAGUGUGCUGGAACUUCAAGAGGCCUGUGCAGAAUUACCAUUACCUGACGGUUUUCUAAGCGAUCUUGGCUCAGGGACACCUCAACUUACAUCAUCCCCAACUCCAAUGUCUAUUAAAGAUAGCCAUCGAUCAUCACCAUAUCCUGGUUCUAUAUCAUCCCUAUUUUCCAUUCCAAAGUCACGUUCCACAGUUAAUCUUUUGACCGCAGAAUCUCAAGCAGGAGAAAAUUCCUCUACCUCAUCAUCACCUUAUGCUGUUCUUGGAAUACCACAACCAAUUGAAACUACACAGCAAUUUUUUGAUUGGUUUGCGAGGAUGGAAAAUGAUAUGGAAAAGGAUCAAGAGGAUGUCUAUAGAAAUUUUCUUGAAAUGGUUACUUUAUAUAGACAAGCAUGUGAUAAUUUCUUAGAGCAAAUAGAUACAACUGUCAAAUUAUUUAAUGAUUUGGAUGGUAACUUCAAAUUUGUAGAAGAAAGAACAAAAGCUUUACAAACAGCUUCAGAUGCAAUAUCUUCGAAACUUUCUUAUUACAAUGAGCUGGAAGCUAUUACUAAGCUAUUUAAUUCUCCCGGAGAAAAUAUUUGUGAACAGUCAGAAUUUAUUCCAGUUUUGGCAAAACUUGAUGAAUGUUUAGACUACAUGCAGAGUAAUUUAAGAUAUAGAGAUUCUGAGCUUUACCUUAUGCGGUUCAGACAAUGCAUGACUCGUGGAAUCACUUUGAUAAAGAUGUACUUUAUUAACACAAUUAAAGGCCUUGGUAUCGAAAUCAGUAAAAAGACAAAUCAGUCGACAAAUUCUACUGUGCAAACUGCCUUGUUUUAUGUGAAGUUCCGUGCAGUAGCACCAAAACUGAAAGAAUUAGUACAUGAGGUGGAAAAACGGUGUCCUGCACAUCGAGAAUAUAAUUCUUUGUUAAAUGACUGUUAUAAUGCGUACUUUUCUGUACGACAACAGUUACUCAUUCCUGUAAUAUAUGCAAAGAUUUUGGAACUAGGUUCUGACGGGCAAGAUAUUUUGACAUUUAAUUUGAUAUGCAUAUUGACAUGUUUUGCGCUUGAUAGUGGAAACUUGGAUCUGCUAUGCAGUUACAUGUACGACUAUCUUCGUCCCCGUAUUAUUCAUGAAACGAAUAUUGAAGUUUUAUCAGAACUUUGUACAAUUCUUCAAGUGCAUAUCAAUCAAGAUCCUGAAACGAUUGAAGAGAAAGAAGGACAAGGAUUGCAAUUUAGUUAUUUGAUACGUAACGUGCUUCAAGAUGCACAACAACGACUUGUUUUUCGUGUCCAAACAUAUAUUCGAAGCGAAAUACAAAAUUUUAUUCCAAAACCGUCAGAUGUGGACUAUCCUACUAAGUUAAAAGAAUUGAAUGCGACACCUUCAUCUAAUGGCAUCCCUGAGCCAACUGAAAUUCAACGACCAUCUUCAUCGCCAGCUAUAUUAGCGGUUCAACAAGAUAACGGUGAUAUCGAAUCUAUGAUAACAGUAUCAUCAGCUUCAUCAAUGAAUGCUAUCGAUGCUGGAGAGUUUUAUCGUGGAUGGUUCCCCACGUUACAGCGCACAUUAUGGGUACUUUCAAAACUUUAUCGGUGUGUUAAUCCUAAAAUAUUUGAUGAUAUUGCACAAGAUGUUGUUGAUCUAUGUUUGCACUCGCUGCUAACUACAAGUGAAAUAGUAGCAAAGGAGAGCAGACUUGAUGGGCAACUUUUUUUAAUAAAGCAUCUCUUGAUACUUAAGGACCAAAUAGCAUCGUUUGAUACACAAUUUAUACAUGAAGAAAAAGAUUUAGAUUUUUCACAAAUAACGAGCGAGAUAUUGCAAAAUAAAUAUUCAAUUCUUAGCCCAACCACUUUAUUUGGUUUGGCGUCGAAGGGAAUACCAAAAGUUGUCGAGAACAGGAUUGAUUCAAAACAGGAAGUCGAUAAAGAGUUGAAGCGUAUAUGUGAAGAGUUCAUUAUGGAUAGUCACAAAGCAGCCAUUGAACCAUUAUCAGCAUUCCUAAUGAAGGUGUCCACAUUCCGAUUAAGAAAUGAUCUUAAGCCAGCACAUCAACAAACUUUGUUAAAAGAUCAAACCUUCGCGCAACCAGCCAAUAUUAUCGAGGUUUAUGAAACUUUUCAAGAUGCUGUUAAAUCCCGGCUUCGUUAUAUUAUCAACAAAAUGUCAGAAUAUAUUGAAGAUCGUAAUACAGAAAAUGUAUUGCUAAAGUCUAUUCAGAAUCGUAUAAUAGAUACAUACCAAGCAUUUUAUGAUAUUUUACAGUCAGAGAAUUUUGAAUUAGACAAUUUUCCAAAAACAUUAGGUGAUGUGGAGGAAGUUAAAGAAUGGUGA